AUGAGUUUUUCUAUUGGAACCCCACAUUUUAAGGUCUUUAAUAUUCUUGAUACUGGUAGCUGUCUUGUUUGGUUGCAAUGCAAACCUUGUAAAAACUUGUUACAACCAACACUCUCCAAUUUUGAUCCAUCAAAAUCCAAGACAUAUAGAACCAUUCCUUGUUCUUCUUCUAACUGUCAGUAUCUAGGUGAUCUUAAGUCUUGCUCUAAUGAUAUUAAGAAAACUUGUGAAUACUCCAUGAUAUAUGGUGAUAAAUCAACACAUGGAGAUCUUAGUGUUGAAACCCUCACUUUUGAGUCCACAAAUGGAUCUCCCAUCUCAUUUCCAAACAUUGUGAUUGGAUGUGGACAUAACAAUACAUUUACAUUUAAGUUUACAGAGCCAAACACUGGCGUAGUUGGCCUUAUAGGUGGACCUCUUUCUCUAAUAACUCAAACGGGUUCAUCAAUUGGUGGGAAAUUUUCCUAUUGUUUGGUGCCAAUGUUUCUAGAUCCUAACACCUCAAGCAAACUCAAUUUUGGUGAUACUGCUAUUGUUUCUGGAAAGGGGUCUGUUUCAACUCCCAUAGUCCAAGGUCUCCUAAUCUUGGAAGCAUUUAGUGUGGGAAACAAGAGGAUAGAGUUUGGAAACUCUUCCUCUAGAUCUAUUUAA